CCGGGGAGCAGGUCGAGGCAAGAUAGAUCGCAGUUCAGUUACCGAAGCUCGCUGGCUGGAGAAGCCGAGAAAGGAGCGCCGUGCCCCGGACUCCGUUGCAUCCACGGGACCAUGGUGUUAGACAAGGAGGAAGGUGUACCCAUGCUUUCUGUGCAACCAAAAGGAAAACAGAAGGGCUGUGCAGGCUGCAAUCGCAAGAUCAAGGAUCGAUAUCUGCUAAAGGCACUGGACAAAUAUUGGCAUGAAGACUGUCUAAAAUGUGCCUGUUGUGACUGCCGCCUUGGAGAGGUUGGAUCAACUCUCUACACAAAAGCAAAUCUAAUUCUCUGCCGUAGAGACUACUUGAGGCUCUUUGGUACCACUGGGAAUUGUGCAGCAUGCAGUAAACUGAUUCCUGCUUUUGAGAUGGUGAUGAGAGCCCGUGAUAAUGUCUACCACUUGGACUGCUUUGCCUGUCAACUUUGCAAUCAGAGGUUUUGUGUGGGAGACAAAUUUUUUCUGAAGAAUAACAUGAUCCUCUGCCAAAUGGACUAUGAGGAAGGGGCAAUGAAUGGAAGUUUCUCAUCACAAGUUCAGUGACUUGCUCAUGACCUUCAAAGCAUUGUGGGGUGAGCUACAAUGCUUAAACAUAAAUGGAGAGCAUCUGUCAGCUUGCUUGCAACACUUCAAAUAGUCCAGGAUGGAUUAAAGUAACAUUCUUCAACACAGAGCAGUUAAGAUUUUAGAUGCACAGCUGUGCUUGUUUAGCUGGGCAGUGCUUUGCCUGUAUGUUUUGUGAUGUUGGGUCUGGGAGGGGUAUGUACAGUCUGUUUCUGUAUAUAUAAACUGGAACAUUUAUUUUACAUAAAUGUAUUGCAAUUUUAUUAUUACUGGUGUGCAUUAAAGAAGAUUAAAUGUU